ACACCUGUGACUGAAUUCAUCUUGGUUGGAUUCCCCAACCCCUGGGAGAUAGAGAUCCUCCUUUUUCUUAUGUUCUUCAUCAUUCUGGUAGCAACCAUGAUUGGAAAUAUCAUCAUCAUCAUUCUGGUAGUUAUGGAUUACCGCCUACAGUCUCCAAUGUACUUCUUCCUCUGCAAUUUGUCUUUCAUUGAAAUCCUUAUUACUCUGACAGUAGUGCCAAAAAUGACAGAGAACUUUAUACUGGAAAAGAAGACCAUCUCCUUCUAUGGCUGCAUUGCUCAAUCAUAUUUCUAUUUCUUAUUUGGCACCUCUGAAUAUGUUCUGCUGGCUAUGAUGUCUUAUGACAGAUACAUAGCCAUAUGCUAUCCACUUAGAUACAACACCAUCAUGAGCAGAAAGGUUUGUGUUUAUUUGGUUGUAGGUUCCUGGAUGAGUGGGUUCCUCUCCAUACUUGUCCCCACUGUGAUGAAGCUGGGCUUGUCCUACUGUGGUCCCAAUGUGAUAAAUCACUUCUUCUGCGACAGUGCCCCUUUGCUCCACUUAGCCUGUGCCGACAUCCACUUAGUGGAGUUAAUUGACUUCGUAGUCUCACUACCCGUUGUUCUGGGCUCUCUUAUCUUGACACUUACCUCUUAUUUUUACAUUAUAAGCACCAUUCUUCGUAUCCCUUCUGCAACCGGAAGGCAAAAGGCUUUCUCUACCUGUGCUUCCCAUUUCACAGUGGUUACCAUUGGUUAUGGCACCUCCAUCUUCAUCUAUGUGAGGCCCUCUCAAGCCAGUUCUAUGAAUCUUAACAAAAUUGCUUCUCUGGUUACAACUGCAGUGACACCCAUGCUCAAUCCCAUCAUAUUCACAUUUAGGAACCAAAAAGUCCAAGAGGCUUUCAGGGAUUCAAUUAACAAGUGCAUAGGGAGUCAUGUUUAA